GACAGAACAUUCUCACCUUGAGAAGAGUGGAAAUGGCAGCUGGAAUGUGGGCUGGAAAAAAAAAAUUAAGGGAAAAAAAAGAAAAUCUUGAGGCUUGUCCAAACCUACUCAUGUUUAUAUUGGAGCCUGUGAGUGACAUCAGAGCAGGGAGAGUAUAAACACCAGCAGGACCUUCUCUGGGCUUUAAAACCUGCGAACAGCCACUGCCUCCAAACUGCCUGGGGGGUGAUGUGCUGAAGUGGCACAGGGGAGAGCACCAUGAGGCUCCAGCUGGAGAAGCAGCUCCUCUUCCUCUCCCUCCUCUGCAUUCUCUCCAAGGUUUGUGCCCAGCUGUGCCGGAGACCCUGCUACUGCCCCUGGGUGCCACCGCACUGCCCCCGCGGCUCCCCCCUGGUCCUGGAUGGCUGUGGCUGCUGCAAGGUCUGUGCCCGGCGCCUGGGAGAGCCCUGCGACUUCCUGCACGUCUGUGACCAGAGCCAGGGCCUCGUCUGUGACUACAGCUCAGCACCUGCAGGGACAGGAGGCACCUGCAACUUUGAGGACGAUGAGGAGGGCUGCGAGGUGAACGGCCGGCUCUAUCGAGACGGGGAGGUUUUCCAGCCCAGCUGCAAAAUCCAGUGCCACUGCUUGGACGGGGGCUUCAACUGCAUCCCGCUCUGCCAGGAGGAUGUCCGGCUGCCCACCCCGGACUGCCCCUACCCCCGGCGGGUGGAGAUCCCAGGGAAGUGCUGUCCGGAGUGGAUCUGUGAAGCCCAGGACCAGCACCUCCUCCGGGAUGCCAGGGCAGGUAAGAUGCAGGGCAGCUCCAGGGAGGCGAUGCCCACGCAAGUCUCUGGGGAUGGCCCCUUCAGGCCGGGCUGUGAAACAUCAGCAGGAGACACCUCACACGUUUCUGUGGCACAGCACCUGCCUCCAAACACCCUUUCCCCUCUCAUCUCCUUUCUUGCAGCCGCCGGGGCCCCGCUGCUGCGCUACCCCUGCCAGGAGUGGGGCACGGAGUGGAGCCCCUGCUCGGCCACCUGCGGGCUGGGCUUUGCCACCCGCGUGUCCAACCAGAACCGCCACUGUCGCCUGGAGACCCAGAGGCGGCUCUGCUCGCUCAGACCCUGCCCGGCCCCGCCGGCAGCGUUCCCAGCGGUGAGUGAGGGCUGGGUGCGGCUCCUGCCUGCGGGCAUCACCUUUGGCUGACAAAGGGAAGUGAUGGCCAACACGAGCCACGGGAUCCCCGCUUACCUGUGGGCCCCCAUCAGCGCUCCUCAGCCAUGAGCUGGCCGUGUCUCAGGGACCCAUGAGCCAUCUCCUGAAACUCUGCACGGAAAACAGCCGAUGGCAGGUGCAGACCAGAAUUUUGGGGGCUCUGGAUGUCUGAAUCCAGGAGCACUGUGGAUCCCACACAGAUGAGCUCGGCCUGCCCCUAUGGCCAGAGACGGAUUUGCAGCUCCUCCCUGGCUCCCUGGGCACACCCGGGAGGUGGUUCUGACACCCCUUUAUUAGCCUGGCACAACCCCAGUGUGGACACGGGGCCAAUCUGCCUUUCUGGCAUGCAGGUGGCACUUUCUGCCUGCUCCUGUCCCCUUGCACCGCCUCUGCCACGUGCCCCUGCUCCCCAGCUGUGGGGACACACCACCACCCCUCUCCAUCUCCCCACUGAGCUCCAUUCUGCCUUUCCAGAGGGGAAGAGGAGGUCGUUUGUAGCUGUGCCCACCCCGGAUUCACGCUGGAGCCAACGCCUCAUCCCGGCAGAGUCUGGCACAAACUCAUGGCACUGUGGUUAUGGUGAAGAUGGAGGAUGUUUCCAUUGGGAAAACAGAGAAGAAAUGAUGGACUUUGGCUGCAAAGGAGGCUGGAAACAGAGAACAAGAUCCCCGUGUCACCCAUCACCUGCCUCCUCUGUACACCCCGCUGCCCCAGGCAGGGUUACUGGGCAGCAUUCCUUAGGCUGAAUGAAAUGGGAAAUGGGAAAAUCCCACUCCAAGCAUAAACCCACCCAUGAAACCAGGAACUGGUCCUUUCUUGGACCAGUGGAGCUUCUGAAGAGGUGAUGCUGCUUCUCUACCACAUCACACAGCUCUGCUUUGCAAGGACUUCAAGAGAGACCAUCUCCAGCAACUGGAAGAGAAAAUCCCUAGAGGGAACCCUCCUGGCCUGGCACCCCAGGGAGGGAGCAGGGCAUCAGGCUGCACCCCACAAGUCACUGCCACGCCAGGCUGAGCUGCUCGACCACGCAGGAGCUCAGCCAGCCCACGGUACCCACCCUGCAAGGCAGCAGCCGCUUCCCGGGCAUGGGCAGGGUCCUCCCGAUGGCAGCUCUAAUUCACCUUCCCCUCAUCCCUCCAGAAUAAACACGAGCCUUCCCGCUCUGCCUGGCCUCCUCCUCUCCAAAGCGCUGGUGGUUUGGCAGGGCUUCGGCAAGCGAGGAGCUCAGACACCGGAGACUCCGCUCCGCAGCACCAGACAUACCGCCUGCCAUCCAAACACAUUCCCCGCCAGCCGGGGCCAAGGGAAAAGCAGGAAAAAGGGAAAACAAAUGGCAAAGAUGAGUCGGGGCCGUCUCCUGACGGGCUGGAGCUGCUCCAGCCAUGCGGGAGUCGGUGCAGGACAGCUUUUUUUCUCCCAGUAAAAAGUGCUUCUGGGUGAUGGAAAAAUGAAACCCAAAUGCCCUCUAAUGGCCUCGCACAAAUGUGCAGAGGGAACGCGUGUUCCACAGCAGGAAGGAACAGCGGUUUGGGUGAUGUGUCCAGGUGAGAAAUGGACUUUUUAGAUGUGUAUUUCUGGAACUAAAAAUAAAGAUGUGCUCAUCCA